UUCAACAAGGACUCUGUAGGGCAACCUCACAAAAGUCGACUUUGGUGUUUAGCUGAGAGGCAAAAAAAAUUAAAAAUCCUCCACUUUUCAGCAUUGAUGAUGGGUCGAUCAGUUCAACUGUGGUCUUUGGUGCUGGUGAUAUCGGCAACUAUUAUCUUUUUUAUGCUGUUCUUGGAAAACUCAGCAAGAGAAAAAACUUUAAAUUACAACUGGAUAGCUAUGUCAAGAACAUACAAAGCAAGUGGAGAAGACAAGCUGCUGCACACCGGUGAAUUAUUGCAAAAGAAGGGAGAGUUGACUGCAGCAAAUACAACAGCACUGACAUCUGAUCCGGUUGCAUCCACUUCUUCUGAAAUUCCCAUUCCUAUGAUUUUGAAAAAGUUUUUCAAGAAGCUUCCUCAGUGGAGUUUUGAGGAUAUUUAUAACUUGGAUGCUCCACCCAGACCUACGGCUUGUCCACAGUCUCUGCGUAACUCCAAGGACGAGGACUUCCAGAAAGCUUUCCUUCCCAACAUACGCAUGUUUCUGCACAAAGACAACUUCAACAUCAGAGAGUGGAACCGGCUCUCACAUUUUAAUAAUCCGUUUGGUUUUAUGCAAAUGAAGCAUGAUGAUGUAAUGCCUGUUGUGAAGCUGAUCCCAAAGCCCAAAGAGCCGCUGCUCCUCCCAAAACCAGGCGGGGACGGCUGCGUCCACUGCGCCGUGGUGGGAACGGGUGGCAUCCUGAACGGCUCAAAGAUGGGCGCCGAGAUUGAUGCUCACGACUACGUGUUUCGGAUGAACGCCGCGGUGGUUGACGGUUAUGAGGAAGACGUCGGAAACAGAACAUCAGUUUAUGUUCACACUGCUCACUCCAUUACAGCAUCCCCUAUUUUUUACCACAAGUUUGGAUACAAGGCUGCUCCUCAUGAUGAGGGUAUAAAAUACGUCCUGAUUCCUGAGGGCUUGAGGGACUUUCAGUGGCUCAACGCCGUCAUCAAAGGAGAAAGAGUCUCUGAUGGGGAAUAUCGUAACAGGAACGCCAGGACCUACUAUUCAGGCCAGUACAAUGAGACCCGGUUUUAUGUCCUGCACCAGGACUUUCUGCGAUAUGUACGAAACAGGUUUUUAAAAUCAGACAAUCUGAAUUGGGGUUACUGGGCUAUCGUCCGACCAACCAAUGGGGCAUUUGCUAUUUUCACGGCUCUGCAUGUUUGUGACACAGUGAGUGCGUACGGUUUCAUGACUGAUGACUACAGUAAAUACUCCAACUACUACUUUCAAAAGUACCUGAAAACCAACGUAGUUUUCUACGCCAACCACGACUACAUUAUGGAGAAGAAUUUGUGGAAGAGCUUCCAUGAAAGAAAAAUAAUGAAGCUUUUUCAAAAAACUAAACCACAGGAAGAGACAGAAAAGCCGCCACCGCUCUGACACCCUGAAAGCAAGUCAAACCAUUUACUGUCCUGAUCAGCGAUUUUAAAAACAGGUUAAUACUGCUGCACUUUAAGAAUCAAUCAAUCAAUCAAAUUUUAUUUGUAUAGCACAUUUCAGCUACAAGGCAUUUCAAAGUGCUUUACAUCAUAAACACAAAACACAAAGGCAUGCAACAUAGAAUAAAAUACCAAGGUUUUUUUUUUUCUUUUCUUCCCUCUCUUUUCCCUUUCUUCCCCCUUCCCUUUGACACGGAAUUUAAGCGCCUGUUACCGCUGGACUCCGCCGUCCGUUUAACCACGGGUAUUCGCCGGGCCCCGUUCCCCACAACAGAAAAAAAAAAUAAUUACAUACAUAUCCACAAAAUCAAAUUCAUACAUAUUACAUUUCAAAUGCAACUCUAAACAGGUGGGUUUUUACUUGAGAUUUGAAAGAAGUCAGGGUUUCCACUGUUUUACAGUUUUCUGGAAGUUUGUUCUUAUUUUUUGGUGCAUAGAUGCUGAAAGCUGCUUCUCCUCUUUUGGUUCUGGUUAUGGGGAUGCAGAGAAGACCAGAACCAGAAGACCUGAGAGGUCUGGAAAGUUGAUACAACAACAGCAGAUCUUUGAUGUAUUGUGGUGCUGAACCAUUCAGUGAUUUGUAAACUAACAACUGUAUUUUAAAAUCUAUUCUUUGAGCUACAGGGAGCCAGUGGAGGGACUUUAAAACUGGUGUUAUGUCUCUAUUUUCCUGGUUCUAGUGAGAACGCGAGCAGCAGCAUUCUGGAUCAGCUGCAGCUGUUUGAUUGAUUUGUUGGACAGGCCUGUGAAGACGCUGUUGCAAUAAUCAAUGCGACUAAAGAUAAACGCAUGAAUGAGUUUCUCUAGAUCUGGCUGAGACAUUAGUCCUCUAAUCCUGGAGAUGUUCUUCAGGUGAUAGAAGGCCGAUUUUGUUACUGUCUUUAUGUGGCUCUGGAGGUUCAAGUCCGAGUCCAUCACUACUCCCAGG